AUGAGCCAUGAGACCAUUCUUGUCCUUGAAGAAGGUCUUGCUCUUGCAACUCAUGGGGCACUUUCGAGGCGGCCAGGAAUGGCUUGCGUUGUGCUCAGCCAGCUUCUGGUAGGUAGUCCAGAUUGUGCUAUCCUCACAGCUUGGCCGGUUGCAUUUGACCCCGGCAAAGUCUCGCUGAGCUUCUUCAUCGUCGAGGCCAAAGCUCUAUCAGGUUUGAUGGUACAGUGGACGAACAAGACAGAGCCAGGGCCUGCGUCGACCUCCUAUCCUAAUCUCAAUUGCAGCAGGAGGACCGCCCUGGACCGCAGCAGAGGAGGACUUAGCCGAUCGUACGACCAUGGCAUCAAUACUGCCGCGAUCGCCGCGCACCGCAUUCUACGCUACCACAGACACAUUACCAACAAGGCCACUAAGAAGCGAAAGAGCAGAGAAAAGGGAAAGGGAAAGGGAAAGGGAAAGGAAAAUGCGGCAGACCAGGACGAAGAUGAUGAAGUUGAGAGGGGAGGCCAAGUUGGCGAAGCAGACUGGGAAUCUGCGCCCGCUGUAGAUCCCACUCCUGAGGAGCUAGAGACACAUGACCAGGAUGGGACGCUGCUAGACCCCACUGAGCACAGCCUUUGCCUGUGGUUUCCGUUCACAAAGAGCGCCGGUCGGCAAAAACCUCGUCAGGAGCAACAUGUUGAGCAUUGUUGGGACCCCUCACGCAAGCUCAAGGUCAUCCAGACCAACUCAAAAGCCUUACGAGUCGCAGUGGUCAUCAAAGUUGGCGACAUCAAGAGUGCACCGCCAGCCGUUUUCAUCGCCCUGGAGGACGGCUCCAGUGUGUGCCUUUUGAAGAACUGCAACAAGGAGGAUGUGUUCUUCUUUGAAGACUUCAAACACGACGACGAAGCAGAUCGCGAGAAACGUCGUCAAGGCUGGGCCAUCCUCUACCGCAACCGCGUGAGAGAGCUCACAGGGAAGUCAACUGUCACUACUGCAUCUGUCUCCAACACCCUCGCCAAUAAACACCCAGGCAUCAACAGCCAUCCAGGCAUUAGCCUAGGAAACCAACUCAGCAUGUACGGCGCCGCAUAUCGUCAGGGCAAGGGCAUCUGGGCCAUAGGCGCCAUGCGCGACCUGAUCAGAAGAGCAGACGCUGGAGAUCUGGCUCACCGCCCUGCCAUCACCAACAAUCUCAACAUCGAGCGAGUCUUGGACCUCAAGCUCGACACCUGGUACGACCAGGCCAGAGAGGCCGUGAAGGAGCUCUGCAAGUCAUGGAGCUGGGUAUUGGUCUCCGUGCUGGCGAGGUCGUGCUCGACUAUCGCAUACUUCGCCCCUUCCUGGUCCAAUGGAUCAGAGCAUGAAAAGCUCGCGGCAAGUGUCCGAGACGAUGUCUGGGACAUUCUGGGUCCUAGCAGCCCUUCUGUUGUCGGAGGCGGUCCCGGACCCGACUCCAUUCCCCUCUACCGCCAUGCCCGUGACGCCCUCAUAGAAGUGGCCGCUGGAGUCGACCGCCAGCACCAAGGCCUGCUUACCACCGCAGGCACAGCCUCUGUGGAGGUCAAUUCUUUGGCCCAGCUUUACGAAGAGUUCAAGAAUGCCCAUGAUACCGGCACUGCUCGGGUCACUGUGUAA